UUGAAACGGCCAACUUUGUGGGCGUGAAGCAUGAACAGGAUGAUCGGGAAAUACACCACGCCACCUCCCGUCAUCACAUGCAGUAACUCCGCGCUGUUUCAAAGCCGGUUUCAGAGUCAGACUGAGGAAUAAAGCGGGGCUCAUGGCUUUAUUAGUGCUCAGUUUUAACUCGAUAGAACCCAGCCUUUUACACAGACGCUGCCGGAUGAACUGAAGUCCUGGAUGGUAAAGAAAGCAGUGGUGAAAACAUCAUCAUGGUGGCGGGUGAGAUGUUUCAGGAACCAGUGAGGCAUGGAGACACACCUGCCGCAGACGGAGACAGGAGCGAGGAUCAGUACGACAUUGUAACGGAGUGCGCAGUGAAAGUGGCCGUGGGGGAAGUGAAGGAGCCGGAGAGGGAGCUUUCACCCGCGGAGAGCCACGCAAUGCUUCCCGGAGAGGAGCAGAAACCUCUCCCGACCCGGCUAUACCGCAGGCGUUUCGCAGUGCUCGCCAUCUUCAGCCUGUACUCUCUGCUCAAUGCGUUUCAGUGGAUCCAGUACAGUAUCAUCAGCAACAUAUUUACACACUUCUACGGCGUGACGAACGUGAUGAUAGACUGGCUGUCGGUGGUGUACAUGGUGGCGUACAUACCGCUCAUCUUCCCCGCUACCUGGUUGCUGGACCGCAAGGGGCUGCGUGUAACGGCGCUAAUCGGGGCCGGACUCAACUGUGCAGGCGCGUGGAUGAAGUGCGCGAGCGCCGGGCCCGGGCUGUUCUGGGUCACCAUGGCAGCGCAGGUCGUGUGCUCUGUGGCUCAGGUGUUCAUUCUCGGGCUGCCGUCCAGAAUCGCCUCAGUGUGGUUUGGCCCGAGAGAGGUGUCCACUGCCUGUGCUACAGCCGUGCUGGGAAACCAGCUGGGUGUAGCCAUAGGGUUUCUGCUCCCUCCUGUCCUGGUCCCUAACACACCAGAGGAAGGUAAAGAACAGAUGGGCUACAAUAUAAGCAUAAUGUUCUAUGGGACAGCUGCCAUCUCCACCUUGCUCUUCAUUUUGACAGUCAUUGUCAUUCGAGACAGACCCCUUUUACCCCCAAGUCAAGCGCAGGCAGUCUUGCCGACAGGCCUAGCGGAAGAUUAUUCCUAUAAGCAGUCCAUCAUUAAUCUGUUCAAGAGCAAGCCGUUCAUCCUGCUCCUGCUGAGUUACGGCAUCAUGACAGGCUCGUUCUAUUCAGUGUCCACUCUCCUCAACCAAAUGAUCAUCACUCAUUAUAAGGGAGAGGAGCUGAACGCAGGCAGAAUCGGCCUCACCCUGGUCGUGGCUGGAAUGGUAGGAUCCAUCCUUUGCGGGCUGUGGCUGGAUCGUACCAAAACCUACAAAAUGACGACGCUGAUCGUGUACAUUCUCUCCUUCCUCGGCAUGCUGGUGUUCACGUUCACGCUGGACCUGGGCCAUCUCCUCGUGGUCUUCUUCACUGCAGGAGCACUUGGGUUUUUUAUGACCGGAUACCUGCCCAUUGGUUUCGAAUUUGCUGUUGAAAUCACCUACCCAGAGUCCGAAGGCACUUCAUCCGGUCUUCUUAAUGCAUUCGCUCAGUUGUUUGGGAUCAUUUUCACAUUUAUUCAAGGGAAGCUCACCACAGACUACAAUCCGCUGGUCGGAAACAUCUUCCUGUGUGCCUGGAUAUUCAUCGGCAUCAUUUUAACAGCGUUGAUAAAAUCAGAGCUGAAAAGAAAUGACAUCAAUAUAGGCAACAGCAAAUGUCAGGCGCUUCCUACUGAGUGUCCUGUGGAGAAGGCGGCCAAUGGUGUAAAGCUGGAUUUAUCACGCGAGACCACACUGUAAGCCCACAGAGACUGUGCUCCACCUCCACACCACCAUCAUCGCAAACCCAGCCUGGCUUACUUGAAUUUUCUAUACUGUAAUUACUCAUGGAGUUGUUGAAAUUGCUGAGUAAGCUUUAAUGCCAUUAUCUGUAUCUGUUUAGUGCUCAAAAUAUUCGUAUCUGUUUUCAUAUUCGGAUUUAAACCAGAAGUGGGCGUGGUCUAUAUCAGAAAGGGAUUUAUUUAUUUAUUUGACCUGGAAAACAGUCAGGGGAGGCAUUUUUAAUUCACAAAUUAUAACAACUUUAUUUUUAUUUAUUUAUUUUUAAAUUAUAUAACCUUAGUCCUGUGGAAACUUCUGGAAAGCUUUCUGUCUAAGUAAGAAAGCUAACUAUGUUGAAAGCAACAAUGUCCUUUCCAUAUCAACAAACUGUUAUUUAAGUUGACAACAGAUUUGGGUUCUUUACAUUUCAGAAAGUUCAGAAACGGUCGUUGGACAUGUGAUCAGAUUCUUUUAUAAAGCCAGAUGCACUCCAAGUGCUUCUGGGUUUCUUUAAGAAUCACACACACUACCAGUCAAAAGUUUGGAGACACUUUGGAGACUGAAACACUGAAAUGUUUCUCCUGAUCUUAAAAAUCUUUUUAUCUGAAGGUGUAUGAUUAAAAAUCGGUGUUGAAAUCAGUCUUGUAAGCAAAAAUAUUAUUGUGCCAAGAGAAAAUGCCAAGAAUACAUUUCUGGAAAAUCUAGGCAAAAAGGGUGUCCACUUUGAAGAUGCUAAAAUACAAAAUUAUUUUUGAUUCAUUUCAGUUUUUUAUCACAACAUAAUUCCCAUAGUUCCUUUUGUGUUACUCCAGAGUUUUCAUGACUUUAUUAUUAUUAUUAUAAACUGUGGAAUAAUAAUUAAUAAUAAAUAUAUAUUUUUUAAAUAAAUAAAAAUAAUGUCUAAACUUUUGACUGGUAGUGUGUGUGUGUAUAUAUAUACACUAUAUAAAAAAUCCAAAAUGUUCACUGCUCUUAACUUUUCCCACAAAAAGAGUGAGGAAACGAAUAAAAAUAUGCCUAGCUUUUCCCAUGUCUGAACAUUUUGUUCUAGUUUCAAGUCGGUAGGUUUUGAGGUGUUUGUUUGUUUGGAUGGGAAUUUUGUUUAAACCUGGCAAACUCUGCACAAAGUGCCAUGUUUUUUUAAAACUUCACAUUUAAAUAAAACCCUAAGUAACAUUUUU